AUGAAACCUGGCACAGCCCCCGGACCUGAUUUUAUAUCAGCAGACUUUCAUCGAGUUGGUGGCCAUCCACUUCAUGUAAUCUCAGCGGCGCACAUUACGUCCUACGUUCAGAAAGAAAAGAUCCCAGACCGGUGGAAGAACUUGCGAACCGUUCUUAUCCAUAAGAAAGGUGACCGAGAGGACCUUCGGAACUACCGUCCGAUAUGCUUGCUGAGUGUGUUAUACAAAGUAUUCACCAAGAUCAUCCUCACACGCAUAUCUAGGACGCUGGAUGAAGCCCAGCCUCAAGAACAAGCUGGAUUCCGCCAGGGGUUCAGCUGCUUGGACCACAUCCAGACCGUGUCGAGGGUCAUAGAGGUUUGCCGGGAAUACCGCCUGCCCCUUGUUCUAACCUUCGUCGACUAUGAGAAAGCCUUUGACAGCGUAGAAACGAAUGCAAUACUGUCAGCGCUGAUCGAUCAAGGUGUAGACGCGUCAUAUGUGACGACAUUAGCCAAUUGUUAA